AUGGUACAUUAUAUCCUCGUUUUGACUCUUGCAGCCGCUGUCAGCGCUAGGACCGCGAGCACGAACCAGAACAGCGUAGACGAGGGUCGAAGUGCAGACGAUACAGUGCUAGGAGACCUAAAGAUUGCAUAUGAAACGUACAGAGACUGCAGUGGCAGCGAUAUCGCCAGCUGCUUGAAGCUUAAGCUGGCUAAAGCGCUGAACAGGAUAUCGAAGAGCGACGAAGUUACCCUUCUCGGUGGAGUCACGAUAACAAAGGAUAAGAAUGCAGUCGAGAAAAUGGACGAGGAGGCGAUUCCAAGAAAUCUUGACGAGAGCUCCUUGGACAACCUCAUCUUGGACAAAAUCGCUGGAUUCCUGCAAACUCAUACCGUCCAGAUCAAAUUCCCCACCGGUUCGGAUCUGCAGCGCGCGUUCGACGAAGGUCGUGGAAGGAGGAAGAAGCUUGCCCCACUCUUGGCCAUCCCCCUCCUCAUCGGGGGUAUGAUUGUACCCUUGGCCUUCGGAGCCUUGGCCCUACUCGCUGGCAAAGCCCUGAUCGUUUCCAAGUUGGCCUUGGUUCUAGCUGGUAUCAUUGGGCUUAAGAAGCUCUUGUCUUCGAGUGGAACUGGUGAAGCUCACGAAGUGGUGGUCUCAGCCGGCCAUGGAGGAGCUGGUUGGAGCAGGUCCCUUGAUUCACACGACCUCGCGUACAACGCUUACACCCAAUAA